ACCGUUUCACAUGCACCUUUCCACCAUAUUGAACGCCUAUAUCUUAUUGCUUCAAUUGGAAUGCUGAUUGUUCACUGUGGAACGUUGGUACUCUUCGAAAAUCGUACGCCACCAUCAGGUCUGAUAGCACCGUAUCGUACGUCGAACCCCACCGUCUCAUACGCUGCCGUUAUUUGACACAUUCCGGAGAAUUCGGAAAGAAGUUGCACUCAUUCCCAGUGUUAACCCCUUUUCAACAACACGUCUCUUCCUUUCUUCACCAUUUCAACAUAAACCCUAACUUUCUCCAACUCACUACCUCAUCAAAUCCAAACCAAAACCCACAAAUUUAGUAUCGAUCUCGCUUAGAAUUUCAAGGGGAACACAAUUUAUGAAUUAGUUUUGGGUAAUUCUUCGCGAUUAGUGAGAAGUCAGAGCAUAAAGUUUCGAUUUUUUUUGGGUGUUUUGUGUGUUAUUCACUCACAGUUGCAUUCUUCAUCUUCUCUUGACACCAAGGAUAUGGCGGAAAACAACGGAAAACGCAAAGCCCCGGCUUCUAAGAAACAAAAGGGAGGAACAAGUGCUGCUCAUGACAGUGUCGCAGAGGCUAUGGAGGUCGAGUUGCCUGAAUGGUCAAGGGGUGAACGGUUAUCAAAGUUUAAAAAUUGCCAAAAAGAGUUAUAUCUUGACAAGAUUUCGAAGGUACCUCGAAACAAAUUGGGAGUAGCUGAAAGAUUUACAAUGAUAUCAGACUUUAAGUACUAUGGGCUGGUCAAAUGCUUCCAACGAUUGGGAUGGGAAGCGGUACUCAUUUACAACAAUAAUAACAAAAGUGAGGUCUAUACCGAUGAAAUUGUUGAAUGGAUGUCUACUCUGGAGAAAAAAGAUGGAAAAAACCCCAUUUACUACUAAACUGAUUGGUUAUGUUGGAAAUAAGAAGGUAGCGUUGUCUUUUGAAGCCAUGGACAAGAUAGUCAAAUUCGAUACGGGUGCGGUCAAUCCUCAAAGUAUGAGUAUUUGUCGGCAGAGAAGAUAUUUGGUAAAGGAGAUGAUUGGCUUACAAUGUUGAGGGAAUUGUUUCAAUUUGAUGACAUUAGGGAAGAUAUGAAAUUGUACAGGAAGGAUCUGAAACCGCUCCCUAAAUUACUGACCUGCAUCCUUAACCGGAAUGUCAUUCCAAGAGCGGGAGAUAAAGAGAAGAUUCGGAAUUAUGAGAUACGAGUUUUGUAUGCUCUAAUAACCGGGAGACCCACCAUAUCUUUCAAGCAUCUUGUGCUACUUAAUAUGUGGGAGUCGCGUGAGGAUUAUGACAGGAAGAGAAUUCCUCACAUCAGAUUAUUAACUCGAGUGCUUAUGGAUGCAAAAGCCAUACCUGCAGGGGCGAAACCCUACAAAAUGAGGCAAACUCCAUUUUGUAUUGACAAAACGGAUGUAGGUGAUUGGGAUUUCCGAAAGGGAAGAUCAAGAUGUGUCCUCAUUGACAUGAAGAGUGGGCGUCGGGAAAUUUUUGAAAGAGAUGACAUAACUGAAGGAUCUGACGAGGAUGAUAAUGAAGACGAAGAAGAGCAAGAACAAGGGGAGAAUGCUAUGGUGGAAAGACCACUCCAAAGGCAACAUGUCUUGUUACCGAGUACACCUAAUCCUCUUGGUUAUGGAAGGUGGUCAGCCGGUGAAAAGGCUUUGUGGCAAAGAAUCUCGAAAGAGUGUGAGACAAAUCGUCUGUGGAGGGAAGAACAAGAAAGACUUGCAGCUGAAGAAAGAAAAUUGGCAGCUGAGGAAAGAGAAAAGCAAGCUAAAGAAAGAGAGGGGCAAUCUCAGUGGAGGAUUGAACAGGCAAGACUUGCUGCUGAAAGAAGUUCUACCCAGACCCAACACCACUUGCCCACAUUAGACGCUGAGGUUAUCCUGGGACCAUCCCCGGGCUCACAGUGAUUAGGUGCAUGUCUUCUUUCCUUACCUUUUUAUUUUUGUUUUGCAUGAAGUGAAGUGUGUGAUGUCGUGCUUUCUUUUGUUUUAGAGUUAAUUACUGUUUUCGUCCUGUGUUUUGUCAAAAAUCACUAUUUUAGUCCAUUAGUUUAAAAAUUGCGAUUUCAGUCCCUGUGGUUUCAC